AUGUCUCAUAUCGUGGUGGUGGCGGAGGACAUCGGCCGUCAGAUCCUCACCUAUGGCCACAGGAAGCCACCGCACGACUUCAUUGCAAAGCUGAGGGACGUGACAGCAGCCGACAUCGCCAACGUGGCGCGGAAAAUUAUCUCUACGCCGCUCUCCAUGGCAUCCUACGGUGAUGUUGUUCACGUUCCUCGCUUCGACCAAGUUGCGGCUCGUUUCAGUUGA